AUGUAUUAAUUUUGGGAUUGUUAAGGAUUUUAAGAAAGAAAUCCUAAGAACUUUGAUAACUAUGGGAAUCAGUUUAUUUAACUAAUUAUAACAAAUGUAUUCCUUAUUUUAGAUCAUUUUAAUGAAAAAAAGUUUUUGAAUGUCCUUCCACCUCUUGCUGAAAUAACAGUCAAAAGCUUGUAAUCAAUAUAAUUUCUAUACUAAAUUUAGUCAUUAUGAAGCAAAAAAAUUGGCUGAAAGUUCUGAUGAUUUAUAAGAAUAUAUUACACAAUUUAUGGUAGUUGAUGGACCAUAAGUUAAACUUAAUGAAUAAUUCUAAUAGCCUGAAAAAUAGAAAUCUGCAUAGCUUUUAAUAAUUAUGAUAGAAAUGGCUAUAGGAACAAUCAAUGAAUGGUAUACUUUUCGACAUUAGCAAUUUGAUACAGAUAUAUUUUAAGAGAAAGGUAAAUUUAUCAAUUUUAAUAUUAGUUGAUUUGUUGUGUCAUAAUUUCUAAUUAUAAUAGUCCAAAAAUUGUUGCAGUUUGUGUUAACUUAUUUGA